AUGGAAUGCGGCCUUUCCAAUGUAUUCCCCGUUUCAGCCAACCGGACCCUCGAAGUACAAUUAGCGCAAAGCUUUUCUCAGUCCCUGGACGUGAAGAUCGACAAUUCAACCCUUCUCUCAAGUUCCUUUUUGUGGGUUCUGUAUUGUGCUGCGGAUACUGCUCAACAUUGUCAUGGGAUUUGUCCCAACGCAGACCUCGCAGGGGUUGGCGUUCGGACAGCAUUUUGGUUAUCAAGUAUACUACAAGCCAUACUUGUCGCAGUAUCCCCUGAGGAAUCAACCCAAGGAGCAUGGACAGCAGCUAUUCUAACUGCUUCUGUCACAAUUCCUGCACUAAUUCAAAAGCGGAACCGACAACUUUCAAUAUACCAUGCCACUUUGGUUCUGAAUUUUGCCACAUUUUCCUCAAUUGUUUCUUUGGCUGUGGCGCCAAUGUGCACCGUAUGGCGACCUGCAGGCGAUCCAGAGCUCCCAGCGCUCAUCUUUGGAGAGGAGGGGCGAACGUUGUCAAAUGAUGCUGAGCCCUUGACAAAUUUACCGAAGAAUAAAGUACAUCGACAACGUCUAGUAUUGUCUCUUGCCUUGCUCACUCAAGUGGCUUUGCAGUGGGCUUGGACUAUUACACUGUUCACUGACCCUGAGUACUACCAAAAAGCCUGUAUUCCGAGUACUAUCGUAGUACUAUUUGGAAGGCUUUUUUCUGUACAAAAGAUUAAUCACGGACAGUAUAUUAUUUGGCCACUCUGGCUUCUCUUCAACCUCGCGAUCACCUUAAUAUGGGGGGUCCUCCUCGUUUAUAGCAGCUCUCCGUCCGUGCACCCUGUUUUGUCCAGGUCACCAUCCAGGCUCGACUUGCCGCUAACGUGGCGGGAUAAAUUACCGCAGGAUAAAGGCCGGAUCAUGGUCAUCAUCUCCAACUUCGUUGCCUUCUUAAUAUCCUUGCUAUUAUUAGUCUCUUCCGAAGUCCAAGUCGCCAGAAAUUGUGUCCAUGACGAGAACUCGGACUGGUCGUUCGGCCAGAUUGCGGCGAUCCUGGUCGCGCUAGCUCCAGCGUGGUCAAUCGUCACAGCCCUGGACAACCACCACAAGCCACAGAUGGAUGACAGAACGCCCAUACACAAUGACGUAGAGAGCGAGCAACACACCCGAGAUUUAGAAAGCACCUCGGUAUUGGCAUCUACCGACGGUCGCAAGACGCCCAUUGCACCUUUAAUUGAGGAGGUACAAGAAACAAUUUCGAUUGACGAAGAACCCAGCUACUCAUACCACCUCACCGUGCCCCGUGACGCCUUUCGUCAACGUGCGCCGUCCAAGCCUCCGCCUUCGCAUUGA